UCUUGAUCAGUCUUUGUGAAGUAAAAGUACAGUCGUCAGUACAUUCUUUGCCCAGAUUUUAAUUGUUGAACAAAUACCAUGCUUGUUCGAAGUGGUGAGAAAUUUGAGAAAAUACGAACACAUAGGAUUGUCUCUGAUAUAUCAUAUCUAGUUUUGAACCAAACUGAUGUUAGAAAUUAUAUUACAUUUUUCAUUCGAUUCAUAGCCAAUCAGUUGAUGUUUCCUGAUGUUUUCAUUUAUGAGUUGUGCUCAAGGUGAUUUUGUAGUUUCGUUUAGAAGGAGGCUGGAUCAUGAUCUUAAUCAACAAUGGCAGUAUAUUCAGGGGAAAGCUAGAAACAUCACUAUUUCGGUACAGGAAGACACUAUCUUCUGGGCUCUGAAUAAGAAAGGGGUGUUUACUAUAAAGUCCAUGUACCAGCACUUGGAGAGAAAUUUGUCUGGCCCAAACAACAAAUGGAUUUGGAAAUCCAAGAUUCCUCUUAAUCUUAGCAGGGGUUUUGACAAGUUAGGGUUUGCUUCCCAAACAUGUGCAAUUUCUUCGCUAGAUUUUCUUACCCUUGAACCGUGGACUACACUGGUACGCAGCAGUAAUCAUUCCAGAGGAAAGAGAUAUCCAGAUUCUCAACUCAAUUCCAUCUAUGGAACCAGGCGAUGAACUCCAACACACGCUAGAAGGUAUAGCUGCGUAUUUAAGGAUGGCAGAAGAAACUCUCAAAGAAGUUUCUAAAUCACACAAGUGGCCAGACUACGAUGUGCACCUUUGGAAUAGAACUACUAUUAAGAAUCUGCCAAAGCAGAAAGAUCAAAGCUCCUGUGGUCUGUUUGUGCUCUUGUUCAUACAGUACUGGACAGGAAAAAAACUUUCAAAAAAAAAUUACACAGAAAGAUGUAGACAUUUAUAGGAAGCAACUACCAUGCGACAUGCACUACAGCGGGAAGAACAAGAUCGACGUAAGAAAGAUGUCAAAAAAACCAGAUGCAGUGCCUGCUCGACGAUCGUCUCGCAGAAAAAGAAAGAGGACAGAAGAUGUUCCUGGGACUUUGAGUGGUGAAGGCUAGCAAACCAGUGUACUACAAACAUUUGUCCUGAUAGGCCAUACAAAUUAGUUCGUGAUUAAAUUUUAUGCAAUAAGCUUAGCUAUGUAACACUCCAGUUGAAUUGUUUUACAACAUUAAGUUGAAGACGUGGUUUAAGAGUGACUUUA